CACUCAAACGAGCCGUGAUAAAUAUGUAAACAUUUUUUAUUGUGUGUCAUGUCCUGUUUUUUUACCCUGAAAACUACAACGGUUAGGAUCGGUUAGCAUAUCCUGACAACAUAGCUAAAGCUGAGUUAAAUUGGUUAUACAUCUUAAAAGCUUUAGUGUGCAUGUCAACAAAAUGGAUGUAAUGAAGAUCAAAGAAGUCGCUGAAAGAGCAAAAGAAAUGGCAUUAUUGAGUGGUUUACAAAUGAGACCAGCUCAAUCACCAUCCUCAUCAGAUCUGAUACAUCAUGGACCAUUUACCUUAUUCCCAAGUAAAAUUCCUAGAAAACUUUUAUCCCAAGCAAAAGAAGCACAGAAAGAUUUUAACCAAAUGAUGCACAGGGUAGCACAUGAUCAUGAGUUUCUUUAUCAGAGUUUAAAAAAUGUAAUUAAAGUGGAUGAGUUUACCAAACAUUUAUGGGAUAUUUAUGAAUCAGUUAGAAAGGAAGGGCCUGCACAGACUAAAUGCCUGGGAUUAUUUAGAAAUGAUUAUAUGAUGGACACAGGAGGUACUACCAAUACAAAUAUGGACAAUCUGAAGUUAAAACAGAUAGAGUUUAAUACAAUAGCAUCCAGUUUUGGUGGAUUGGUGUCGCAGCUAAGAGAUGUACAUAGAUAUUCAUUGUCAGAGGCUGAUAUUGAGUUCAAAGAAGAUAAUAUGCCUGAUAAUAAUCCAGCCAAUGGUUUAGCAGGAGGUUUGGUAAUAGGUUGGAAAUCAUAUGGUAAACAAAGUGCAUAUGUUUUGUUUAUAGUGGAUAAAGUAGAGAGAAACAGAAUGGACCAACUUUGGUUAGAAAAGGAGGCAUUCAAUAUAAAUAGACAUUGUAAAGUUAUUUAUAGAACAUUUCAAGACAUAGGAAGUAACAGUGUGUUGAAUGCUUCAAAAGAACUAUUUAUAGAUGGAAAAGAGAUAGCUGUUGUGUACUUCAGAUCUGGAUAUUCUCCUGACCAAUAUAAAUCUCAGCAGGAUUGGGAUACAAGAUUGAAAAUAGAAAGGUCAAAGGCCAUAAAGUGCCCAACUGUACAUUACCAGUUAGCAGGAACAAAGAAGAUCCAACAGGAGCUAGCAAGACCAGGAGCUGUGGAAAGGUUUCUAUCUGAUCCUGUAGCAGUAAACAGAGUCAGACAGACAUUUAUAGGACAGUAUAGCUUAGAUAAGGGAACUGAGGGUGAUGAAGUAAUAGAAAGAGCUAUAAAAGAACCCACAAAGUUUGUAGUAAAGCCACAGAGAGAAGGUGGUGGUAAUAAUUUAUAUGAUGAACAAAUUCCUGACUUUUUAAAAGAAAAUAGAGACUCUGAUGAAAGAUCUGCAUAUAUUAUAAUGGAAAGAAUUUUCCCAUUUGUUCAGAAGAAUUAUUUAGUUAAGAAGGGAGAGGAGUUAUUAUUGAGGAAUGUGGUCAAUGAAAUAGGAAUAUAUGGAAUUUUAUUAGGAUCAGAGUCAGAUAUUUUAGAGAAUAAAGAAAUAGGACAUUUAGUGAGAACUAAAAGUGAGGAUUCUAACGAGGGAGGGGUUGUUGUAGGUUUUUCUGUAAUAGAUACACCAUAUCUUAUAUCUGAUAUCAAUGAAGCAUGGACAUUAUAAUUACUCGUAAUGAUCACUUGACCGUCAAAUUUAUUAUGGUAUACUGUGGUGCAUCCUAUUUUUUAAUUACAUUGAAUAUUUUUUUACAAUAAAAAAUGGCUUAAAAGGCUCUCAUUAUUAAAAAAAAAAAAAUGUCUUUACCAAGAUGGCAAUUUAUAAUUCAUCACAAAUAAUAGACAAAUGACCUGCAAGUAACUCAGUUUACAUUUGGGCGAUUCUCUUCCAUAUUUUUCAUAAAAUAAGUAUGAAAACUUACAUUGCUAGUAAUAGGCUUUAUUUUUGAAAUUUAGCUCUUUUUUUUUCCUUUUUUUUUCGUACUAUGGGUACUGUAAUAGGACAUUUAGAGGCCAAGUGUAUCAUAUACUCUUAUAGCAGAAUUUUACUUUCAUUUGGUAUAUAAAAAGACUUAAUUUAUAAUGUUUAUUAAGCAGAUUCCUAUAUAUUAUAGUACAAAUAGAUGAGGGAAAAUUGUAAGCAUAAUACUAUUAAUCAUUAUCAAAACUAUCUCAAGUUUUUAUUGCAUUUAAUAUGACAUGGCAUGCAUGAUGGGCAUGCAGACUUACCCCUUUCUUAAGUAUCCACUUUUAUAUAAAUAUAUGAUGUCUCCAAUUUCUAUUUUAUUAUAUCCUAUACAUAGAAAUCAAUGAUUCUAUAUAAUGGAAUUUGAUAUAACAAUUUGUGUUAUUAAACCAUUUUAAAUGGGCGUAUUGCAUUUCCGCUAAUUUUUCUUAUUCCCAAUAUUACGUUUCCGCAAAUUUAAAGUAUACGUUUCCGCAAUAUGUAUUUAUUACUUUUCUAGAAAUUUAGAUGAAUUAUCUAUUUUAUUUUUUUAAUAAAGAAAAUGUUCUGAUCUUAUAUCUACAAUAUACUAGAUAUAACUAGUUGACUCUGGUAACGAUUAGUUAAACUUUGGCUUACUUAACAACUGACAUGAUUGAAAAUUGCUUUGUUGAAUUAAUAGCCGAUGCUCCAUCUGACGAUAAAUGCAUGAAGUUUGCUUAAUAUAUUUUGGGCAUCACCUCCUGACAGGGAGGAAAAGAGAAUAUUGUGUCAAGCCUUUUCAUGUUCACCAGUAAACAGUACAAUAUUUUUUCAUACCAGAAAUAGAAGAAAUGUCACUGGUUUAUUUGUUUUAUAUUUGAUUAUAUUUUUACUGUGGAUCAUUUUCAUUUUCUGAUAUAAACACUAAAAAAAUGUAAUAUUUCGGUUAACAAAUUUGCAAUGUAUUUCAACAAAACUGAAUUGGGUAUAGAAUAUUUGUUCCAACAGGAAUAGAAAUUGUGGCAUUAUUUAUAACAAAGUUUCCAGGGUAUCUUCUGUUAGACAAAACAGAAAAUAUAUGUUGAUACAUGUAGUACCAAGCAAAAUGCUUAUUUUUU